AUGUCAGCAUUCACACAUCAAUUGCAUUUAACAUUUUUUCUCAUUUCAGCUGAUAGUUCGUUCUUGCUGGCAAACGCUCAAAUUGUUGAUUUUCCAAUUGUAUAUUGCAAUGAAUCUUUCUGCAAAAUCAGCGGAUACAAUCGAGCUGAAGUCAUGCAGAAAUCUUGCCGCUGUGGAUUUAUGUAUGGUGAACUGACUGAUAAGGAAACUGUUGCUCGAGUUGAAUAUGCUUUGGAACAUCAGCAAAACGAUCAAUUCGAAAUGCUCCUCUACAAGAAGAACAAAACUCCGUUAUGGCUACUACUUCAGGUGGCGCCCAUUCGCAAUGAGAGGGAUUUGGUGGUACUUUUCCUUCUCACCUUUCGUGAUAUCACAGCACUGAAGCAGCCCAUCGACACGGAAGAUAACAAAGGCGGUUUAUCGAAAUUUGCGAAGCUGGCAAGAUCUGUAACACGUAGUCGACAGUUCAGUUCACAUCUUCCAACAAUAAAAGACUCUACAAAGCAAUCAAAUCUUGCUCAUAUGAUGUCACUCAGUGCUGAUGUUAUGCCGCAAUAUCGACAAGAAGCUCCAAAGACGCCUCCGCAUAUAUUGUUACAUUACUGUGCUUUUAAAGCUACAUGGGAUUGGGUGAUAUUAGGCUUAACAUUUUAUACAGCAAUUAUGGUACCAUAUAAUGUAGCCUUCAAGAAUAAAACGUCAGAGGAUGUGUUUUUAUUAGUCGUCGAUUCCAUAGUUGACGUUAUUUUUUUCAUAGAUAUUGUAUUAAAUUUCCAUACGACAUUUGUGGGACCUGGAGGUGAAGUCGUGAGUGAUCCAAAGGUGAUUCGCAUGAACUACCUUCAGUCUUGGUUCGUCAUCGAUCUACUGAGUUGUCUGCCUUACGAUGUCUUCAAUGCAUUCGAUCAUGAUGAAGAUGUAAUCUUAUUUCAUCAUUUUGUCAUUUCAAUAAGACCACAUACUGAUUCUUCAUUUUUCUCCUUUUUAUGUCUUUUAAACCUUCAGGGUAUUGGAUCUCUCUUUAGUGCUCUUAAAGUUGUACGUUUGUUACGACUUGGAAGAGUAGUCAGAAAAUUGGAUCGUUACUUGGAGUAUGGCGCAGCGAUGUUAAUUUUGCUGUUAUGUUUCUACAUGCUGGUCGCUCAUUGGUUGGCUUGUAUCUGGUAUUAUAUUGGCCGUACAGAUGCCGACAAUGGGGUUCAAUACAGUUGGUUGUGGAAGUUGGCAAAUGUAACUCAAAGUCCAUAUUCGUACGUUUGGUCGAACGAGACUCGAUUUCCGGAGCUUGUAAAUGGCCCAUCAAGACGAACGAUGUACGUCACAGCGCUCUAUUUUACGAUGACCUGCAUGACGUCGGUCGGAUUUGGAAACGUCGCUGCCGAGACUGAUAACGAGAAGGUAUUCACAAUCGUCAUGAUGAUAAUUGCUGCUCUUCUCUACGCUACAAUAUUCGGUCAUGUAACUACUAUUAUUCAACAAAUGACCUCUGCAACCGCAAAGUAUCAUGAUAUGCUUAACAAUGUUCGAGAGUUUAUGAAGUUACAUGAGGUGCCGAAAGCAUUAAGCGAACGUGUUAUGGAUUAUGUGGUAUCGACCUGGGCGAUGACAAAAGGAUUAGAUACCGAUAAAGUGCUGAAUUAUUGUCCUAAAGACAUGAAAGCAGACAUUUGUGUGCAUUUAAAUCGUAAAGUUUUCAAUGAACAUCCCGCCUUUCGUCUCGCAUCAGAUGGAUGUUUAAGAGCUUUAGCAAUGCACUUUCAUAUGUCUCAUUCGGCGCCGGGUGAUUUACUUUAUCACACUGGUGAGAGUAUUGAUAGUCUCUGCUUCAUUGUCACGGGAAGUUUGGAAGUGAUUCAAGACGAUGAAGUCGUAGCGAUUUUAGGUAAAGGCGACGUGUUUGGUGACUCGUUUUGGAAGGAUUCAGCAGUAGGACAAAGUGCCGCUAACGUUAGAGCUCUAACAUAUUGUGAUUUACAUGCCAUCAAACGAGAUAAACUAUUAGAAGUUUUAGAUUUUUAUCAAGCUUUUGCGAAUAGUUUCGCAAGGAAUUUGUUGCUUACAUACAAUUUAAGACAUCGUCUUAUUUUUAGAAAAGUUGCAGAUGUUCGUCGAGAAAAAGAACUCGCUGAGAGACGAAAGAAUGAGCCACAACUUGGGUCCACACAAGAUCAUUUGGUUAGGAAAAUCUUUUCAAAAUUCAGAAGAACACAACAAAGUACGCCACUGACAAAGGAAGGUUCACAGAAUAGUGACGUUGAAAAGGGCGAUACUGAUCAAGAUUCAAAGAAGAUGCCAGCUAAGCUGACGCUUACAGAAGAUUCGCGUAUAAUUUCUUCAGUUCCAUCACCAUCAGCAUCACCUUCACCAACGACAGGGCAAACAGCAAGUAAACUUAAAUCUGGAAGUAAAUGGGGCAGAUUACUUGGCAGCUCGAGUGUUGAUUCUGCAAGCGAUAGCAGUACAAAGAUUGUUGUUUCAAGAAGUCUCAGCGCACGUGAAAGUUUGAGAGAAAGUGCUCAAGCAAGACCAAGCAGUAGUCAAGGGAAUAAUGGAGGUGGCCAGGGAAAUAAGAUUUUUCCAAAAUCUGUAAAACUUUCACCUGGACCUGCGUCGCUCACUCGACAAGAUACGAUUGAAGAAGGUGGUGAAGGAGAAUCAGCAAGUCAAACACGUGAAGGUUCUCAGAGAUCUUCAAUUCAAUUAGAAAGUCGACCCGAGUUAUCGUCUGAUCGAUCAAAACCUCCACGGGAUCCUUUAAUGAUGGAUACACUUGAGAAGGAUCGUGCUAAGGAACGUCAAAAAGAAGAAAGAAAUUUAUCUCUAGAACGCGAGCGCCAAAUAGAAAUGGCGAAAGCUCGUGAAACUACUUCAGAUAGUUAUGAUAGUGGAUUACGUGAACAGCCGUCAACACUCGCACAACGAGAUUUGAUCUCAACAGUUCUUGAUAUGAAAGUUGAUGUUCGUCUUGAGAUGCAGCGAAUGUCACAGCGAAUCAGUCGCAUUGAAGAGUUACUCACCGAUCUCGUGAAUCGACUAACUGUUGAUUCAUCAGAACAAAGCACUCCGGGAGAAAGUAAUCCCGGUCAAGCAACACCAGCAUCCCCAACGACAGUAGCAACGAUAAAUAUUCCAUCAACAAGCGAAAAUCUCACUCCAAGUGGACCAAAUAGUGGAGGUGGAAAUGGCUUGGGUCCGAUUUUAUUGAAAAAAAGACGAACGAAGAAUCGAAAACCCCCUGCACCCGCUCCACCCCCACCUACACAAUAUUCUGACCCCGAGCAAACUAGAUUAAUUGAAUCUGAUGCUCCGUCAACAUCAUCAUCAAGAAAGAGAGAAUUUCUUUAGCCGAAAAUUUUGAUACGUCAUCAAAAUGACGAAACCAGCACCGAUUAAGUAGAACUUUUCUAUUUUCUUUUAUCCCACCACCCACACAAGCAAAAUCUACUGAUUUGAAUUCUGCUGUUCUUUUUUCUAUUGUGAAUAAUUGCCGCCUUUAGCAUUUAUUGACGCAUGUAUUAAUUAUCGUCAUGUCGUUUGCUGUAUUUAAAAAUUGUGUGAUAGACGCAUGAAGCGAAAAAUGUAUUGAAAAGUUUUGA